AUGCCCUUCGACGACUACGACGACUACGACGACUUCGACGACUUUGUCUCCAUCUCAGCCAGCGACGCCCUCUCCGACGCCGGCGGCGGGUACACUGCCGACGGCGACGACUUUGUCGCGCUCGGCACGCCGCUCAGCUACGCCCACUCGCUGCGCUGUGGGCUUCCCGAGUCGACGGCAAGGGUGUACUAUGUCCCCGCCUCACCCAUUCUCGAGGAGGAGGAUGAGGAGGACGAGGGGUAUGGCGAGUACGACGACGAGUAUGAGGAGGAAGACGAGCAAGCGGCGGCACAGACACAGCAUCUCGACGACGACGGCGACCCGGGUGAUUCCGACAACAGUGGUUCUGACGCUGAGACCUACUGGGACCUGUCUUUCACACCUACCAUCACGUCCUGCGGUAUCGUAGCGACAACCGACCACCUGGCCAAGGAAGGGGGCUCGUCGGCAACCAAGAGCCGGGCCGCAUCCACACGCCCGACCCCGCCCCGACCCCGCGCUUCCAUGGCCGUACGGCUCGUCGACGCCAACGAGGAACUGCACAAGCGGCUCGAGGGACGCGCCGUAGUCCCGCCGGGCUGGACACGCCGGCGGCCGCCGCACAACGCCGCCCUGGUGCGCAAACACGAAAAAGCGGAACAUGCGGCGCGGCAGCUCGCGGCGCAGCGGCUGGCCGAGAAAGACAGACCAUACCACAUCGUCUCGGUGGCGCAGGCGCACUGUUGGUGCAACUACAAGCGUCCGGGGCUCGAGUGGUACGACUGCGGGCUGGGACACACCAAGCUGCCUCCGCGCUGCCUCCUCAACCUGUGGGUCGACGAGCAGGGGCCCAAUGCGCCGUGGUGGGCCGCGACGAUGGCGCGGGCCACGCGCGCCGCCCCUGCCGACGUCGUGCAGCUCGUCGCCGAGCUAGCAAGCCGCGGCCGGCUCGUCCCGGUGUGGGUGUGGUCGGGAGGCAGCGACAACAGCGACUGCAGCGCGUACUGGGCCAUGAUGGACGAUACCGCCAAGGGGCUGCGCGAGUUGCUGAUGGCCGGCAGCUUGCCGUGGCGUGGGACGCGCGACGCGCGCCGAGCACUAGAGCGCGAGCUGCGCACGGCAACGCUGGCGCGCAUCCUCGACUGUGCGCCGGUCGACGGCGAGUGGCGCGCCGGCGAGGGACGCCUGCCCAAGGGCCCAGAGCUCAAGUACCUCACGACGUUCCACCACCUCUUGACGCCGAACGCCGCCAGCACGUAUCUCCCCUGCCUGCGCCUCGCGCUCGUCCUCACCUCCACGCCGCCGCGCCCCCCGCCGCACGACGACAGGAGGGCAUGGCACACCCUCCGCGCUGUCAAGGAGGAGUCACCCCGCACAACGUGGAACGGCAUCCGGUAUCGCCCCUACGAGGCCGAGUGGGCACCCGUCGGCCCAAAGUACUUCGGCAACAGGAUGUUCGUCUACGACCUUUACGCGCAUCUCGCGGCGGACGAGAGCGAGGUGUACCAUGUUGCGAAAAGCAGCCCGUGA